UUUUAAUCUAAUCACACAAACAUUACAUUUGACCCUGAUUAUUGAACAGUUCAUUUCAUUAUUCAGUCAUUUAAAGAGUUUUUGUCUAAGGAAACGAAUCAGAUCUCAUCGACUCAAUUUAAAAACACUUUAUUGAUCCCAAAGGGAAACCAAAUGUUGUUACAACUCAGAGUUAUUGUAGAUGGUAAUGACACGUCGUUGACUUGCAGCCUUCACUCCUCCUGGAUGAGCACAUAACGACGGAGACAAAGAACUUAAAGAACUGCUUAAAGUUUAGACUUGAAUUCAGAUAAGGAUUGUGUUGAACCGAAAAAUAAUGUUCAAAGAUUCUCCCUGUCCAACAAAAAAGUUAAGUGCAUAGAUGUGCAAAACUGCUAUAGACAAAACCCAAAAGGAUAGAAGAUCAGAUUGUAGCAAAAUAUGUUUUAAAGUAUUUACUCUGAGAGUUAAAUAUCCCAAACAAAGUGUCUCUGUAGACUCACAGCUUUGCAAAAUACAAAAUCUAAUUUGGGAAAAGAAAAUGUUAGUUUGUGCCCAGAAUAAAACAACUAUGUUCUUUCAUAAUAGCCACUUUGUGCAUAGUUACUGCUAAGGCUUCAUCGAUACCUUACACAGGUUUUGCCUUAGUAUUAGAUUAUUUUUUUCAUUAUAUGGGAAUUGCUAUUAAAUUAAUGCUUCAGUCCUUCAUUAUGUGUCUAAUAACUGUGGGAAUGAUCUUAAAUUUAGGCUCUAAAUGCAGUAAAAUAUCAUUUUGAGAGCUAAUCAGCUUUUUUUGCUUUAUGCAAAAAUCACUUUGUCAUCUUUACCACAUAGAGCUUGACUUGCAUCUGAUUUUUGUGUGUUGAAUGAAAGAUAGAGAUGAUCGCAUCUGAUCAGGGCUAACAAAAACAACAACCUUUUAAGCAGUUAAGCCACAUAGAAAAGGGUUUUGUCUCCUUUCCUCACCAUCUGUAGACCCGUUCUUCCAGAGGGCGGGCCUCGCAUUGUGUCACUCAUGUCAGUCCGGCGUCCUGAUUGGUCUCUCUCCUCCGAGGGGCCAGUGGGCGGUGCGAUGGAGCCACAUGGAGCCAGCCUGAUGCAUCUGUGUCCGUUAGUCUGUUCCAUCCUCCGGAGGAGUCAACCCGGAGAGUGUGGAACACUUUGGCGCAUCAUCCGCAUCUACAUGCUGGAACUUUCUUUUUUAGACUGAGCAGAGAGAAAUUAUACUCCAGAAUAUAUUUUCCGUCACUGUUCUUUCUAUUCAUGCGUCUUUCUUGUCCCCAAGAAACGUUGGGAAAUUGGACCAGUCUGAUCCAUGCGUAAAAGUCCUUGUUGGCUGAUUUAUCCAGAGAGGACUGUCGGAUUCCAUCCUGCGCUCUAGAUGGGGGUUUCUUAUCCUUCAUGACAGCGGGUCGAGAUCUUUUUGAGCUUUUAAAGGGAAUCAUUUAAUAAACUUAGCAAAAAACAGAUAAUUCCUAUUUCGCGCUGUUUUAAGGUGGAUCUGUGUGAGAGAGGUGCCCGUUUUCGUGGCUCCCGUGGACACUUUGCUGUCUUUUGUAAGUAAAACUGUUUUAAUGGAAACAUGACCAAAGGUGCAAGAGAAGCGGUUCUCCUGAACACCUUCCACCUGCUCCUGCUGCUGCUGCUGGUUUACGCUCCGCCGGUGAGUCUCUCCGCGCAGCGCAGGCAUCCAGCGCGCUACUUUGGCCACAUCGCUGAGAACUCCCCGGCUGGGUCGCCCGUUUAUGGGGUCUCAAUCCCGCUAGAAACCGGAGUCUGCUCCGGUGCUAAUCUUGACGGCAGCCUGUACGGGAAUUAUCCCUCUGAUUUCAGGAUCGUUUACGACUCUGAGCGUCGGGACCGUUUGAUUCUGGUGUCCGCCAAAUCUUUGGACCGAGAGUUUAUAGCGAUGUACGAGUUGACGGUGGAACUCCCGCCCAUGUGCCAGACGAGACCGGCGGUCGUCCAGGUUGAAGUGUCCGACAGGAAUGAUAACAUCCCCCAGUUCAUCAGCGGGAAUAAAACGGUGGAAGCGGACGAGCUGGCGCCGCUUGGAACCGUCUUGGCUCGCUUUGACGCAAAAGACGGCGACGCGGAGAGAAAUGGACGCACAACUUUUUACGCAUCACCACAGUCCAGUUUGCUUCACGUGGUGCCACAAACCGGCCAGGUGAGGCUGGUAGGGUCGCUGUUGGGGGUCAAGCAGCUCACCCUGCGGCUGUACGUGAAGGACGGCGGAGAUGUGGCGCUGAUCGGUGACCCGGUGUUCCUUCGCGUCGACGUUCGCGGCUCCGGCAGAGCGCGGCGCAGACCCCGUGCGCUGUCCGAGGAUCUGAGCUACACAGUGACCGUUCCGGACCACAUCAGAGUGGGUGACCUGGUGUUCACUGUGCCGGACCAGAGGUUCAACCAGCGGUGGUUCGAGGUGAUAUCCGAGGCCGACUCGCCCGUACAGAUCGAAAGGGACUCGGGGCGCUUGUACCUUGCGCGCAGUCUGCGGGAGCCAGCGGAGGUGGUGGUGAAGAUCCAGAAUCUGCGAGGUGAUGAGUGGUACCUGUGCAGGUUGACUCUGAGCAUGCCCAGUCAGGCUGACCUGCAGUGGGGGAUGUUUCCGUCGCCUUACCUGGGCGCCGUGGGUCCUGAUGCCACAUCUGGCUCUCUGGUCUACCGGCUGUCAGCGAGACAACGAGACGGCGCGCUGGGACAAGCUCAGUUCCUCCUACUUGAUGGUGGUGAUGAGUGCUUUGAAGUGGACCGUCUCUCUGGGCUGAUUAGGACCACACGACGACCUCUGACCCCCAGCAGGGAGUAUCAUCUGCGGGUCCAGGCGGUGGACGGACGAGGCCGUAAAGGCCCACCAGCCACUGUUUCCAUCCUUGCUGGACACCGACCGCCACAGUUCACCAACUCCACCUACAGCCUGAACGUGCUGGAAAACACGGCUGUUGGCCAACCUGUUGCUGUGGUUCAGGCCGUCUCCUUCCAGAAGAAGACUCUGUCCUACAUGUUACUGAUUAACCCCGGAAACCUGUUCAGCAUCAACCAGGAAAGCGGCGCUCUGAGCCUCACCCGAUCGGUCGACUACGAGAGCGGUCACAACCUGCACACCCUGCAGGUCCGAGCCUCCGAAAGCGACACCGGCCUCAGCGGCGUUGCAGAGGUCGUUGUCCACAUAACGGAUGAGAAUGAUUGCACACCAGAGUUUCUUCACUCCAUCUACACCAGAGACAACAUACCUGAGAGCGUCGCACCUGGAACCUCACUACUGCAAGUUCUGGCUCGCGACUGUGAUUCCGGUGUGAACUCCGAGAUCUCCUACUUCAUCCCGAGUGGCGAUUUUGACAUCACAUCCGGGGGUGUGGUCAGCCCUGCCCGUCGCCUGGACUACGAGCGGCCCAAUCACAUCUACGAGUUUGUAGUUGUCGCAGUGGACGCAGGGACGCCUCCUCGAACUGGGACAGCCUCUGUUCGUGUCCGUGUGGCUAACACCAACGAUGAGGUGCCGGUCUUCUCCCAAAGCGUCUAUAAAACCUUCCUCAGUGAGGAUGCUGGUCCCGACACGCUGGUCGCCAUUGUUCACGCCAAUGACCCUGAUGGGGAUGGCGUCUCUUACGCCAUCACAGGUGGCAAUGAGGACAGCAACUUCCAGCUAGACAACCAAAAAGGCAUCAUCAAGCUGCGACGGAGCCCACCGCCCAGACUCAGGGGCCCGCAAUACGUCCUCAACAUCACCGCCACAGAUGACAAUGCUUCCGGUGGUCCCUAUCCACUCAGCAGCGCCGCACAGGUCAUCGUUGGGAUCAACGACAUCAACAACAACAAGCCUGUGUUUGAUGAGUGUCAGAACUACAAUGCAGCGGUUCUGGAGAACCAGCCGCCAGGGACGUUCGUGCUUCGCGUGGAGGCUCACGACGCAGACAUGGGGGUCAACGGAGAGGUCAAAUACGGCAUCAUGCACAGAGACGGUGUGUCGUCCGGAUUUGAUAUCGAUCCUCACACUGGUGUGAUCACCACAGCAGUGAGUUUUGACAGGGAGCGUCAGAGGGAAUUCACGCUCUCUGUGACGGCCACCGAUCAGGCUGAAGAGCCACUGAUUGGCAUCUGUCAGAUCACGGUGCUGAUCCUGGAUCAGAACGACAACGACCCCAAGUUUGAAAACAGCCGCUACCAGUACUUCCUAAGAGAGGACACUCCAGUUGGAACUAGUUUUUUGCGGGCGGCGGCACACGACGACGAUCAGGGGAGCAAUGCGGCCAUCACCUACUCACUGUCCAACCAGAAGCCAGCUUACCUGCACAUCAACCCCAACACUGGCUGGAUUUAUGUCAACCAUCCAAUCUCACAGACGUCCCGGAUCAACCAGCAGAUCUUGGCCUCAGACGGAGGAAACCGCAGCAGCUCUGUGGAGCUGACCGUCAUCAUCACCAACGUUCACAACCAGCCGCCCCACUGGGAUCAGCCCGAAUACUGGGUCACUGUGCCGGAAAACACUGUCCGAGAUGCUAAGAUAGUGACCGUCAAGGCAACGUCUCCACUUGGCGAUCCCAGGGUGACCUACAACCUGGAGGAAGGCCUGGUGCCAGAGACCAACAUGCCGGUGCGUUUCUACAUCAAACCAAACCGGGUGGACAGCUCGGCGUCGAUCCUGGUGGCCGAGAACCUCGACUACGAGAUGACACGCUUCUUCACGCUGAGGGUGCGUGUGCAAAACGUCGCAGCCGUGCCUCUCGCAUCCUUCUCCACUGUUUACGUCAAUGUGACAGACGUCAACGACAAUGUUCCUUUCUUCCUGUCAUCCACCUACGAGGCCACGGUUCCUGAAGGAGCACAGAUUGGCACAUCGGUCGCUCAGGUCUCAGCGACAGACCUCGACUCGGGCCUGCAUGGGAUGAUCCACUACACGAUCCUGAAGGAUGAGAGUGGAGACUCUCAGUACUUCAGCAUCGACUCCCGCAGCGGCGUCGUAGUAACUCGUGCUUCUUUUGACCGUGAGCAGAAAGCUUCUUACCUGAUCGAAGUGCAGUCGCAGGAUGGCUCCGAGUCGGCCCGACCGGGCCAGCAGGGCCAGCCCAACACAGACACCGCCUACGUCAGAAUCUUUGUCACCGAUGUCAACGACAACGCGCCGGCAUUUGCCCAGCCGGUGUACGAGGUCAGUGUGGAGGAAGACAAGGAGGUGGGCUACGUCCUCAUCACUGUCACAGCCAACGACGAGGAUGAAGGCGCCAACGCUAAGCUGCGCUACCAGAUCACUUCAGGAAACGCCAUGGGGACCUUCGACGUGGAGCCAGAGGUGGGCACCAUCUUUGUAGCUCAGCCGCUCGACUACGAGAUGGAGCAGCGCUACGAGCUGCGGCUGGUCGCUUCUGACGGGAAGUGGGAGAACGAGACCCUGGUGGUGGUUCAGGUGGUCAACCGCAACGACGAGGCGCCGGUGUUCAGUCAGACGGAGUAUCACGCCUCUGUGAUGGAGGAGCUCACACAGCUUCCUGUGUUCAUCCUGGAGGUGUCAGCAACAGAUCCCGAUCAGGAAGCGGACCAGACUGCCCUCCGCUACUCCCUCCAUGGCCAGGGUGCAGGAGGCGAGUUCACUAUCGACGAACACACCGGAAGGAUCUAUGCCCAGCGCCGCCUGGACCGAGAGGAGCGCCCCGCCUGGAGAUUCCUUGUCCUCGCCACAGACGAGGGCGGAAUGGGGCUUACAGGAUUCGCUGAUGUGCUGCUAGAAGUCCGAGACAUUAACGAUAACUCCCCAUUCUUUCCGUGCCCAACCCUAGAGGUAGACGGAUGCUUCAUUGGCCAAGUGCCUGAAAACUCCCCCGCCGACACCUCCAUCAUGGAGAUGCGUGCCAUGGACCUUGACGACCCAAACGAAGGCAGGAAUGCCAUGCUUACCUACAGCAUCAUCAAGAACAUUCGCAAUGAGAUCAACCUCAACUUGUUCUCCAUAAAUGCCACUACCGGGACUAUCUACACAGUUCUCCGCUCACUGGACCGGGAGACAGAAGACAAGUAUCUGGUGGUGGUGGAGGCCCGGGAUGGCGGUGGUUUGUCUGGGACGGGAACAGCCACUAUUAUGGUUUCAGACGUAAAUGACCACCCACCCAUUUUUACUCAGAGGGCUUACACCACUCAGAUGAAUGAGGAUCUGGAGGUGAACAGCGAGGUCCUUGUGGUCUCUGCCACUGAUGGAGACGAGGGUGAGAAUGCUGUUGUCACCUUCAGCAUCGUUGGCGGAGACGAGGAAAGGAAGUUCUUCGUUGAGACGGACAAAGUAAACCGACGUGGCGUGAUAAAGCUGAAGAAGAAGGUUGACUUUGAGAAACUCCAUGAGCGGACCUUUAAUCUAACUCUGAAGGCUGAAGAUGCUGACUUUUUCAGCCUGGCCUACUGUCUCGUCCAAGUAGAAGAUUCCAACGACCACGCUCCCGUCUUUUUCCCGCAGUUCUAUGAGUCGGCUGCCAUGUCUGAAGACGUCCCAGUGGGAACGAUUGUCGCUCAGGUUACAGCAUCUGAUUUGGACUCUGGCCUAAAUGGACGCUUCUCCUACAGUAUUUCGAAGGAGUCCGACCCUUACAGUCAGUUCCUGGUGGAUCAGUCUGGUUGGGUGGUUGUUGCGCAUUCUCUGGACAGAGAAAAAAUCUCCCAGCACAGGAUCAUGGUUCUCGCAACAGAUGCUGGUAUCCCACCGCUAACUGGCACCGCUAUCGUUAUGGUAACUGUUCUCGACAUUAACGACAAUGGGCCAGAGUUUGAGGCUGCCUAUAAGCCUGUUGUUUGGGAGAACACUGCAGCUCCACAGGCCGUGCGAAUGAAUGAAACGUCCAUGCUUCUCCACGCCGUCGACCGAGACACGUCCACCAACGGCGGUCCGUUCUCCAUCCGACUCCUGCUUCUAACCUCCGAUGCCACAAACUUUAACCUGACAGACUUUCGGAAUGGCAGCGCAGCCAUCACUGCUCUUCGCAGCUUUGAUCGUGAGCGCCAAAAGGAAUACCGCCUUCCCAUUCUCAUGAUUGACAGCGGUUCUCCUCCAGUGAGCUCAACCAACACGUUGACAGUUGUCAUCGGUGAUAGAAAUGACCAUCCACACUUACCUGGACACACCCAUAUUGUUGUCUACAGUUUUGAAGGGAUUCUCCCAACAACAAGUCUUGGACAAAUUCAGUCCCCUGACCUCGAUGACUGGAGCGAGAAGGUGUACCGCUUCGAUGGCAAACCAACCAGGUUGUUCGGUCUGAAUCAGAGCUCAGGUCAGCUCAGCAUCAGAGAGGGAACUCCUCCAGGCACCUACCGCCUGCAGGUGCGUGUGUCCGACAGCACAUGGCCUGAUGUCAUCUCCACCGCUCAGGUGGAUGUCACAGAGCUGCACCAGGAGGCCCUGCAGCGAGCUGGCUCCGUUCGCCUCAACAAUCUUACAGUGGAGGGCUUUUUCCAGAGUAGCAGCGGCGGUCAGGGGAGUCGGUUUUCCCGUCUGGGGCAAAUGUUGGCUGAAAUCCUGCAGACGUUGCCAGAGAACGUCCAGAUAUUCUCUGUAGGCAAAGCCGACCAGCUGAGUUAUAGAGCGCUGGAUGUCUGGUUUGCUGCACACGGCUCACCGUACUACAAGGCGGAGAAGCUUCAUGGAUACGUGGCGGCAAACAAAGCCAAGCUGGAGGCCAUGUUGGGCGUGUCCAUCAGCCAGGUGGGCGUGGAUGACUGUCCGUACACAGACUGCAGUCAGUAUGGAGGCUGCAGCAGCGAGGUUUCAUUCAGCCAGGUCCCAGUGGCUCUGAGCUCCGGUAACGUCUCUCUGGUGUCGCUGUCGGCCUCAACGACCGCGCGCUGUGGCUGCCGAGGGCGAGAGGCGACCCACCUGACAUGCUCUGCCUAUCCCAUCAACCCCUGUCUCAACGGAGGCACCUGCCAGGAUGGCCCUCUGGGAUACCGAUGCAAAUGUCCCCCCAUGUUUGACGGGCCGGAGUGCCAGCAGACCAAACACGGCUUCGGAGGUCAGGGUUACGCCUGGUUUCCUCCCAUCAAGCUUUGCUUCCAGAGCCAAAUAUCCCUGGAGUUCCUGUCCGAGUCGGCCAACGGGCUGCUGCUCUACAACGGGCCGCUUGGCCUCGUCCAGCCUGGGGAGCCGGAGGACUUCAUCGCCGUCGAGUUAAGGAAUGGAGUUCCAGUUCUGAGCAUAAACCACGGAUCGGGAACGCUGACCCUUCAGCUCCCACCUAAAGCUACGAUCAACGACCGGCGCUGGCAUCGCCUGGACAUAAUCAGUGACGGAAAGCUUGUCCAGCUGAUCCUAGACCAGUGUGGUGGGGUUCCUGUGCAUGAGAUGGAAGGUGUUGGAGGGGAGACCCGAGAGAUCGAUGAGUCCGACUGCAGAGCUGCAGGAGAAACGCCCGGGAACCAGCGGCAUUUAAAUGUCUACCAGCCUCUUCAGUUGGGAGGAGUGAAGGAAAUGUCUCCGUACCGCCGUUACCGAAGUUUUACUGGAUGCAUCCGGAACCUGGUGGUGGACAGCCAGGUGUACGACCUGGCGAGUCCAGGUGAGAGCGUCGACAGUGCGCCAGGAUGCCAGCUGACAGACGGCGUGUGUGUGACGGCCGCCGGUCCUUCGUGUGGCAUUCACGCCUCCUGCCUCGCUGACUGGGGCUCCUUCAGCUGCGAGUGUCGUCCGGGAUACAACGGACACAAGUGUGAGAGAGCUGUGCAGGACUUCUCCUUCGACUCGGACAGCGUGAUGCGUUUCCAGCUCAGAGGGGGCGGCAGCCCCCGACGCACCAACAUCCAGAUGCUCCUCCGGACCAGAGCCACCUCGGGGACCCUGCUCUCCGUGGCAUCCCGGGACUCCAACGAGUACAUCAUUCUGGAGAUCAGUGACGGUCACAUCUCGGUGCGUGCCAACCUGGGAGACGGCGCUCACUCUCUCCAGCUCCCCGGUCACAGAGUGGACGUCGGACAGUGGGUCCUGGUCAGCCUCGGUCGCCACGACAACAGGUUUACCCUGCGACUGGAGCAGGGAGGCGGCUCCCGGGAGGUUCAUGCGCAGCUGGGGAGCCGCAGGGAGAUUGUGGUUCAUCCGGCCAGCCUGAUGGUUGGCAACAGACCAAACGCUGGAGACAAGGCUGACUUCCAGGGCUGCCUGCGGGACGUCCGUUUUAACGGCCACGUCCUGCCUCUUGACGGCCAGAGCAGGGACCUGGUGACGCUGCUGGAGAGGCGGGGGGUCACCUCGGGUUGCUCCAGCGACGCAUGCAGAAGCCAGCCCUGUCGCAGCCCGCUGCGUUGCGUCGACCUGUGGAGAAAACACCAGUGCAAGUGUCCAGGCCCUCAGGUGACCGUCACCGAUGAGUCCGGUCUCCAGCGCUGUGUACCGUCACCCUGCAGCUCGUCCUCCUGUCGUAAUGGCGGCACAUGCCAUCCCCUGUCAGCCGACAGCUACCAGUGCCGCUGUCAGGAGGGAUUUAGGGGUCAUCGCUGCGAGCUGGGGCAGGUCAAAGGUCAGAGGAUGGCUGCUCUCAGCCCCAGCUCCAUCCUCGCCAUCAGCAUGUGCCUGCUUGUCUUUAUUGUGGUGUUGGUGGCGGUGACCGUUUGGAAUCAGAAAGGCAGCCGAAACAAGUUCAGAAAGCGAGGAGUUUACCACAUCCCUGCUGAACACCAGAGCUGGGAAGACAUCCGAGAAAAUAUCCUGAACUACAACGAGGAAGGAGGAGGAGAGCAGGACCAGAAUGCAUAUGACAUCACGGAGCUGAAGCGUCCUCUGUGCUCCAGCUUGUCCCAGUCGUCCUCCUGCACCACCGCCCCACUCAUCAAGUCCUCCCCUGGCUCCCAGGAGGAGGUGCAUCCAUCCGGCUCCUCCUGCAGCUCCGGGGCCCCCUACCUCAGCAUCCCGCACCACCACCAUCACCACCACCACCAUCAGCAGCACACAGCCGGCGCCGGCUACAGCAGCGACGCCACCUACGCCAACUAUUCCGCCCACGCGGGCAGGGACACAGAGAUGAGCGACACGGGAAGCUGCGUAGACGCCCCGCCCGCGGCGCGCUCGCAUGUGGACUUCAAAAGCUACGUGGAGCGAAUCAUCUGGGAGGCGGACAACGACAGCGGUGCGUUUCCAGCCGACGCCUACCACGUCUGGUGCGUGGAGGGCUCCGGGUCGUCAGCAGGAAGCCUCAGCUCUCUGGGGUCGGCCGUGUCCUGCAGAAGAAUGGCUGCCGGGGACAAGAAGGAGGAGGUAGAGGAGGAGGAGGAAGGAGGUUUUGUGUGUGACAGGCUGUCACGGUGGGGGCCGAAGUUUCAGGCUCUGAGUGAGAUGUACGACCGGCCACAGCUGGGCCUCACAUACAGGGACGCGAUAGCCUACAUACAGAGGAGCCACAGCCAUGACCCGCUGCCUCAGCACCACUAGGGGGAGCCACUCAACCCCGACCACACAGUCCUACUUUCCCUUUGGGGUCUGGAGGUGCUGCGUUCACACAACGUCAGAAAACAAACAAGACAUUUUCAGGUUAUAUUCACUAUUAUGGUCCUGUCAGGGAUAUUUACUCAGGGGAAUAAUGGCUCCAAAAUAAAAUCCUUGUUUUCAUACCAGAUCAGAUUUUCAAUUUUAAUUUUUUUCUCACUUUGUUUCUAAGAAAAAGAAAUAAUAAUUCAAAAAAGUGGCUUUUAUUUCAAUCAUCUCUUCUGUGAGUUGUAAUACAGAGUAUUAGAACCAGCUUAAGGUAAUGUUUUGUUGAAUUAUGAGAAUAUAGUUGUAAUACUGGCAGAAAAAAACAAUUUUAUUAGACAUAGCGUCUUAAAGUUACAAGAAAAAAGUUAUUUUAGUGACAAUAAAAGCUGUGAUAAUGUGAUGCAGAUAUGUAAAAGAUUAAUUGUUUUUAUUAAGUGAAACCGAUACAAAAGUAUGAUUUCACAAAAUGGUCAACAUUCCUCAUUUAAAUUUUUGGGUUUUUUGUGUUGGAGUUCUUAUAAGAUUACUACAAUAUUCUCCUAACAUCAUGGCUGUAGUCUUGUAAUAUAAUGACUUUAUUCUUGUAAUAAAGUCAUUAUAAAAUUGUGGCCUGGCUCUAGUAUUCUAUCAUAGAGUUGACCUGAGUUCAAAGUUCAGAUAAACAGAUGCUGUAAAACACGCUUAUCAGGCAAAAUGGCUGCCGUGGGCCCGUUGACGUCACUAAAAACUAUGAAAACUCAAGGAGUGGUGAAAAAAAACAUCACAAUUUUCCAAAAAUAAAAUCUCCAUAAACCAAAAAUUGUAUUAAUCAUCCAGCUGUAAGUCCCCAAAUCUUUCAAAUAUUAGACCAAACAUAAACAAGAAAACUUUGCUUAUUUCUGCUCGUAGUUGGUCAUUUUAUGAAAAGGAGGAAUAAAACCAAAGAAACUAGUUUAUGAGUAACCAAACAGACACAACAGGGCUAAUUUUAAAACGAUUAUAAAUACCAAAUAUUAAUCCAGUUACAAGUAAAAUGUCUAUAAAUAACAGACUUUGCUUUAAUUUGUUCAUAUUGGUGGGUUUUUUUCUUUAGUGGUGUUUGUGUAUUUUAGUUUAGUUUGAAUUAUGUUCUGGAAAAUCUUAUCAGGGCUCAUCUGAUGUUCACGUCAUAAUAGCUAAUAACUUAGUUUCAUUCCCAGUUCUUAGGUUUUUUUCUGCUGGAUGUUUACUUCUGUCUUUUUCUUGUCAGAAACUUUUCCAUUUCCUGCUAACUAGCUAAGCUAGCUUAACGAGCAAAACAGCUUGAGAAAUUUGACUGAUAUCAGAAAUAACAAAUAUUUGUUAUAUUUUAUAAUAAUGAUUGGAAAACAAUUUAACAAUCAAAUUCUAAUUACAUUUAAUUAUUUUUGCUUUUUCUUCCUCAUAUUCCUUUCAACGUUCAGAAGCCCCUAUAGCGCCCCCUGGUGGCUCCACCUUAAAAAAACACUGCUAAGGAGAUGAAGGUCUAAGCUGCUCUAUGCAGCAGGUUUUAACAGCAGAUUUAGCUGCAGAACAUCUAAUCCAACAAAAAGGGUUUAAAUGGGAUGUUGUGUGGAUGCAGCAGCUCCUCUCCCAUGUGUUCACCAGCGUUGGGAGGAAUUCAAAGACACAUUCAAGGUUGGAGGUUCAUUGUGUCGUUGCUCCUUUUUUCAGAGAAGUCGUGCUACAGAAGUUUGAGGAAGAAAAAGAAAAGCACUGAGACCUCGUUACUGGUUCAUUCACCAACUUUACACAGAAACAUUUUUCCUCUUCCAUUAAAAUAUCUUCUUUGUGAUGAUGUUAUUCAAUUUGUCAGAGGCUUCUGGGUCGCUGUGCUUUGCUGUUUGCGAAAUGGGACUUUCAGGGUCAAAGAGUGUUUUCUCUGAAGCAGCACCACCAUCAAAUGAUGUGAGAAACUUUCAGUGGCUGGAGGUCAGAGUGGAAGAAUUACACUGCUACACUUGAAAUCUCAGAAAACAUUAAGGCCUUGAAAAUGACUUAAGUUGUUCUUUCACAGCAUUUUAUUUGAGACUUUUUGGAUCGGAAAGCUUUUCUUUUGAAAUUUCUAUUCAAAAUGUCAAACAUACUAAAAGUCUUUCCAAGGAUCUUUGCAGUUUUUUGUAAAUAAACAUAGACAAACUUAGAUUUUUAAAUUCCCAGGUUUAAAAGAUGUGUAAACACUCAAAAAAAAGCUUUUAAUUUCUCUUUUCUACCUUCCUAUUGCACUAGAAGAGGAUUCAGUCUUCAUGCAGGACAAAACAAUCAAUUUGAAACAGAACUUUUGUAAUAUUGGAGGGUAAAACACUUUUUCCACCUUGUAAAAUCAGCUUUACUGGUACAUUUUUAAAUAAGAUUAUUUUUCUACUCCCUUAAAGAAGCUCAUUGAUGAUCCUCUUUGAUGGUUGUUGGUUGUGCUCCGUUGAUAUGCUGGUUACUUCACUUUUUCCGCCAUAGAACUCACCUGUUUACAUACAAAUUUGAUCUUCAAGCUGUUUUGAAAUUUCUAUUCAUUGAAACAAAAUCGUAGCAAAUCUAGUUUUAUAUUUAUUUGCAGUUAAAGAUGAACUUAUUAGUCUGCUUGAAUGCUUAUUGACACAAACCUCCGUUUUGGUUUUAGCACAUCUAUCAAACAGACACUAGGUGGUGCUAAAGAGUAAGAGACGAAAGAAUCUGCUGAGAUAAAUGUUUAAAUGAGAAAAAUUAGAAAAACGUGAGGCUGAACCAGAUAAAAGUCUACAAAUAAAUAAAUACAUUUUAGAAAUUAUUAACCUUCACAAACAUGCGAUCAAUAAUUAGAUUUAAGAUAAUCAGUGGAGAUAAUUAUUCAUACUUCUAAAAAUGUUAUUUAAAUACACACAGGCUUUAUAGUUUAUAUAUGGAACUCUUGAAAUUUGAAUUUAUGACUUCUUGUUUCCAGGAGGUAUAAAUAUGACGUGACACCAGAGCUCUUUUAUUUUAACUUUAGCUCUUUAAAAUGUGAAAGACAAGCAAACAUGUCAUUCAAAGCAAAUGUUGAUCAACAUCAAUCUGUUUUACAAAGUAUUUGAUGAAUUUAUUCACAAUCCAUUUAUUUAUGGUUCCAACGAACAUAAUGACCACAUAUAGGUAUAGUUUCUAUUAUUUUUAGCAUCUUGUAUAUUGAACUGCAUAAAUUGGUUCAGUUCUAAAAGAACGCUUAAGUAUUCUCAUAUCUUACACUUUAAAAGUCCACAUUUGUUGCAUUUUCUUUUUGUUUUGCUCUCAUCAAAGUUUGCAGAUACAAUCAAGCAAAUCCAGAGUUGGAUGAAGGGACUGAAAACAACCCUAAUCUCCCAUCGACCCUACAGAGGUCAGUUAGUGAUCACUUCAGAGUCUUUUCACGACUCAGCGCCUGUAAAUUCAGCCGUUAUCUGGACUGUGGUCGUUUGUUUCAGCUGCAUUAAAGCAGACGGUAAAUUUGUCGUCCUGAAGGUGAAGAGAUAACGAUAAACAGAAAUAGACGACUUUAUCAGAACAAUUGUUUUCUGCACGUGACUUUUUAAAGUUUCUUUGCUAUCAAAACAAAAAUGGGUGAUUAGUUUAACCCGAAUCCAUUAUCUAUCACCUGGUUUCCAUUAUUCUGCCUGAUGAAUGUAGAUCUACGUGGAGAGGAGGAGAAUCAGAGGAAAAAGGUUUAUUUUAAACUAAUCAACUCAAAUGUCUGCUGCCAGUUCAAGGUUUGAUGACACAGCUCUCCAUUGUUCUAUUAAAUCUUAUUUUGCAUUCAAAUGUCAGGUUUUUUUUGUUGUUUUUGUGCAGCUGCCAGUAUAAAGUUCUUUCCUUCAGAUGGUGAAACAGGUUUUGUGUUUCUCUUCUGGUGCCUAAAGUGAAAUAGAAUAAAAGCAAAAUAAGCCCUGAAAGAACUGUGCUCAAAACUAUGCAUCCAAAUGGAGCAACACAGGUGUGUGUGCGUGCGCGUGUGUGUGUGUGUGCGUGCAUGCGUGUGUGUGUGUGUUUAUAAACUGUCGAUGUGAAGCAGAUGCUGAGUGAAUUCUGACCUCUUCGGUGUUCAGUAUCUGUUGUAAAUCCAGAGCUUUUUGAGGCGGAGGUGUGAACGUGUUGCAUCAUUCCUGUAGGUUUAAACCGAGCAGAGAUGAACCGUGUAAUAUGAUGUACAAAUAAACAUUUUAUAGCUGCCUAUAAUGGAUUAUUCCUUUUGUAUGUGACUUUUAAUAAAAAAGCCUUUUCCCC